AUGGAUUCAACUCUGAUUAUACAUUGGGUAUUUACCUGGCUGGCAGCCGGCUUGAUCGUCUUGCGGCUUCUUAUGCGGAAGCUGAAAGGAUUGCCGUUUGUCCUGGGCGAUUAUCUUUCAAUGGGAGCGAUCCUAUGUGUGCUCGCGCGCCUCGCCUUGGUCCAUGUUAUUCUUAUAUGGGGGACCAACAAUAUGACUGCCACUUUUCGACAAACACACCACUUCACUCUCGAGGAGAUUCGUCGCAGAGAGAUCGCGAGCAAAUUUGUGCUCGUGAAUCGCGUCUUCUACAAUUCAUAUCUGUGGCUUCAAAAAUUUGUUCUUUUAGAUACGUACAGAAGAUUGCUUACCCAGCUUAGUUGGGAGAAGAUCACGAUGAUCUCUUACGUUGGGAUAUUCGCAGCGACAUAUGUCACGGUCCAGAUCGUGACCUUUACUGAGUGCGAUCCUUUCUCUAACUACUGGCUCGUAUUCCCUGGGGACCCAGGAUCAUGUUGCCAAGCGCAGCUCCAGUUGAUCGUCCUCGGCGUGUUAAGCAUCAUCACCGAUCUCAUGCUUAUAGCCUUGCCAAUUCCGAUAUUAGUUAUGGUCAAGCGAUCCACCAUCGAAAAACUCCAAUUAGCUGUUCUUUUCGGAGUCGGCCUAUUCAUCGUUGCAAUCACGAUCGCCAGACUACCCCAAAACGCCAAAAACCCCACCGCACAAGUUAGCAGAACAACUUGGGCGUCGAUCGAGUUACUCGCCGCAGCUGUCGUUGCCAAUGCCCCCGUCCUAUACGGGCUACUGAAAGGACAUAGACAGCGGUCUAAAUACGCGGCGUCAGGAGCUGGAUCAGCUGGACCGUCGUGGCAGGGACUACAACAAAGAUCGGCAACAAAGGAGCCGGAAUUUGAACUUCAAGGGACCACUCAUAGUAAGAGAGGGUCUUCUCUUGGUUCAAAGCUAUCAUCUAGGAAUUAUGUAGAUAUCGAUGGUCAGAGCAGUCAGUCAUUGACACGAAGCCUCGAGAAGUAG